AUGCUGACAAUUUUGAGGCAUUCGGUUCGCACAAAUGUUAGAUUACAGCUGAGAAAUGCUUCUGUUGCCAGAUCUUCAUUGAUACGGCCGUUUUCCAGCGCCAAAAGUGUCCUUGACGCAAAGAAGCCGGGGGAGAAGGCGAAAUCCAUUCUAACGGAGGACAUGCUGGCCCGUGCUGGCGUUGAAACCGAAGAGCCCAACGCUGAUGGUUCCAAGAAGGAGCAGGGCGCAGGCGCAGAAACUGAAGAACCUCAGACUAGCGAGGCAGGCGGCAAACGCAAAAGAAAGAGACAAACGUCGGCGGACAUUAAAAGAGAGAGAUAUGCUAAUUGGUUUUACAUUGCAUCUUUCGCUGGAUUGGCUGGCGCUGGCGCAUAUAUGGCCAGAGAUUGGGACGAUGACGAGCCAGAGGAGCUGAAAAAGGGGGCUGACAAUGGGUACACCCCAGGUCUCAUGUACCAGCGCUUCAAGCUGCGUUUUAACUCUAUUUUCUCAUAUUUCCAGGAACCUCCUUUCCCAGACUUGCUCCCUCCCCCUCCACCACCUCCAUACCAGAGACCUCUAACUCUAGUUCUCAGCUUGGAAGAUUUGCUGGUGCACUCCGAGUGGACCAAGGAGCAUGGUUGGAGAACUGCCAAGAGGCCUGGCGUUGACUACUUCUUGGGCUACCUCUCGCAAUACUACGAAAUUGUUCUUUUUUCCUCUAACUACAUGAUGUACUCUGACAAGGUCGCGGAGAAGCUUGACCCCAUCCACGCGUUUAUCACCUACAACCUUUUCAAGGAGCACUGCCUGUACAAGGACGGCGUUCACAUCAAGGAUUUGUCGAAGCUCAACAGAGACCUCGGCAAGACCAUCAUUGUUGACUGCGACCCCAACGCCUACAAGCUGCAACCGGAGAACGCCAUCCCCAUGCGCCCUUGGGACGGAAAGGCCGACGACGGGUUGCUGAGAUUGAUCCCCUUCCUAGAAUACCUUGCCACCCAGCAGAUGGACGACGUGAGACCUGUAUUGAACAGCUACGCUAACAAGUACGAGAUCCCAGAGGAGUUCGAGCGCCGUGUCGCGGUUCUCAAGCAGAAGUUUUACAAGGAGCAGGAAGCAAAGGCCAACGGCAACUGGGCCCUAAAGGCUCUAGGUGUCGGAGCUUUGGGCAUUCAGAAGGCCAAAUUCCCCUUGGACCUCUUGAGGGAAGAAGGCGAGAAGAACUACGUCCGCUUCAUGCAGUUAAUUGAGGAGGAGAAGGAGAAAAUCAGACUGCAGCAGGAGCAAAUGGGAGGCCAAACCUUCACCCUGAAAGACUACGUCGAGGGCAACCUACCCUCUCCUGAGGAGCAAAUGAAGAUUCAGAUGGAGAAGCAAAAAGAGUUUGAGGCCCAGUACGAGCAAGAGAAGUCCUCGAAGAAGGCGUCUCAAACACAAAUUCCUUGA